CGUGCUCUGAGCGCAAGCAGAGCGCAUUUGCAUUGGCUGGGGGCGUCUGGACUUUACGCAGGCGGACCAAAGUUUGGGGGUUAGUUUUGAGUUUAACUUUCAGAGUCUGCAGUUGCCGUUUGGUCGAUCAUGUUCAACGAAGAAGGCAGAGGAGAAGCCAGAUAGAAAGCCGGACUGGCUGUGACUCCUCUAGGUUAAAGAAUGCUUCUGACUUUAAUUUACUGACUGGGAAUGCACUCCUCCGAGCUGUGGUGGAUAUAUGGUUGACUGAAGAUCCCAAAACAUUUUUGUUACAGUUAUUUCGGUGGAAUUAAUUCAUAACCAUUGCGAUGGAGAGCCACAUGCUGUUGACAUGGAUGCUGUUGUGUUUGCUCCUGCGGCCGUCGGCUACACAGAACCCCUCAUCUGAAGGAGUACUAAACUGCUGCGAGGGUGACGUCCUCUUCCUGUUGGAUUCUUCUGGGAGUGUGUCGUCCUAUGAACACUCCCGCAUGCUCAUCUUCCUGUCUGAGCUCCUCCUCCCCUUUUCACUGGGAGAGGACCAGGUGAGGGUAGGACUUCUGCAGGUUGGCACCAAACCACACCUGGAGUUUGGAUUUGGCUCCUAUAAUACCCAAAGUGCCCUCCAGGGGGCUUUGAGGAAUAUCAUACCACUCAGGGGGGAUACCAACACAGUUGAGGCACUGAGAAUGGCGAAGGAGCAGGUGCUGAGACCGGGUGCAGCACAUGGGGCGCGGCCGGGGCUUCCGAGAGUCCUGGUGUGGCUGACAGAUGGGGUAAAACCAGGGGAUGUGACUGGACCAAUGGCUGAGCUGCGCGAGGAGGGCGUGUCUGUGCUGGUGGUCUCCACUGGGCAUACAAACUAUCAGGUGUUGAGGCAGGUGGUGAGCCCACCAGUGGAAGAGCACCUGUACUUUGUGGACAUUGAUGAUAUGAGUAUCAUCACAAAGGACCUGCGGGAUGCCAUCAUUGAGAUUAUCCGAGCUGAACGAAUCCACGUCCGUGACGUCUCCACUAAUUCGGCCACACUCCAGUGGCGACCUGUUCUGUCUGGUUUGACGGGCUACUAUGAAAUCCGCUUUGGUCCAGUUCUGACAGGAGGUGGCGGAGGAGGUGGAACUGGGACCAGUCCGAGCACCGGUGGAAGUCGGUACCAGAGAAUUACCCAAUCUGCCGACUCCAGCAGUGCCAAGCUAAUGGGCCUGAAGCCUGACACCACCUAUACUGCCACACUGACCCCGGAGUCCAACGAGCAAGCAUUUAAUACACUCUCUGUCACUUUCACAACAAAGCCAGAGGUGCUGAGCCCAGCUGUGGUAACGGUCUCUGAAUCUGGACAAACCAGUGUUCGGGUGAGCUGGGGUCCUCUUCAACCAGAGACAGUCACAAGUUACUACAUUGAAUACUCCGCUCUGCCCAGGGGCAAGCUCCAUGCUGUCACAGUGAGCAGAACACAAAACUCUACUGUCCUCAGAGACCUCCAACCAGAUACCACUUACUUGGUCACUAUAAGUGCCCGGCACGCCUCGGGCAAGGAGAAGGCCAUGUCCAUCAAAGUGUGUACUCAGGAAGUGACUCCAGCCCUGGCAGACCUCCAGCUGACCACAGUGGGUAGUGACUCAGUACAGGUUGACUGGAAGGGCAGUGGGGGUGGCCUGAGGGGUUACUGGCUCACUUGGGAGGGAGAGCAAAGCUCUGUCCCUGGCCAGCACUCAUCCCUUUAUUUGCCAGCAGACUCUUCAUCAACACGUCUCACACACCUCCCCCCAUUAGCUAGGGUGUGUGUGUCACCCAUUUACCGGACAGCACGAGGGGAGGGACUGUGUUGCACAGCACAGUUUCAUUCAGAUGCAUUAGCAUACGGCUACCAAUCAUAGCACUGAAUUCCAAAUGCACCUUACCAAACAUGGAGGGGUGAUGGUGAGAAGAAUGCUGCCUUCCAUCUGUAAUUCGUAUCCAUGCCUCUCCCCUCUGUGGACUUCAUCCAGGAGAGAUAUGCGGUUUGGCCUAGUGAGGACUCAAUCACGUGGAAGCCAUAGACACUUAGGAGUCAGCUACAACAAUAUGGCUAUUAGUUAACUGCUACAAUCUGAAACACAGAGGACUAUUUUUUCCAUUUCUAUUGUCUCAUCUGGCUUGUACUUGUACUCAGUGUAUUAUGCUUCAGUUUAAAGAUACAAUCUUAAAAUAAAGACAUUUCUUAGAUCUGUUUUCCAGCUACAAAGCAGUGCAUGCUGGGAAUAUUAGAUAUUUUAUGUGAGAAAUGCUUUGCACCAUAUGUGGACAUCAUGUCCAAAUCAGCCGUAUUUUCAAAUCCUACUAACAUACAGAACAUCUGAUAUACAUUUUUGAUACUCAUGACUUAUAUAUAACUAACGUCUCUUUCAGCAUAUGCUUGAAACCAUUAGAUACAUAUGUGUGCACACUAGACUGCAAUAAGAGAAUAUUAACAUGCAGUAAAAGGACUGUAAAGAUUGUUUUGAAAAACUCACAAACGGACCAUAACCACAAACCACAAAACUACAGAGAUACUACAUAUGCUACAGAUGUGUUAAACUGAGAUUAGUCUUAUAUUGGUCUCUGGACAUACUACAUAUCCAUUAUUCAUAUUUAUUGAUUAAAAAUUAUGUAAGUAUGAAAAUUAAUUGCAUACUGUAUUUACAGACAUGCUGUUUACAUUUUAUGACUGUUACCUUUUUUAAGCCAGGUUUUGUUGCCCCCUGUUGAAAGGAUCCUUGCAGGCCUUUACUGCAAUCCUCUGAGAGCAAAUGUACUGUUUUACUGUUGUUGAACACUAUUGAAAUUUAAUAUGCGCUUGCAAUAAAGUCAUUUCAUAAUGUUCUUUACACUAAUUAUUG